GUUAUUAAUAAGUUUCAGAAUUUCAGUGUUUUUAUUUAUUUAUUACUUUUUAAUGUAUUGUUUGCGCGUGAACGUAGAUCUGAUACCGUUAAUUGCUCACUUUUACCCGUACGGUCAAAAGGAAAUGGCCCGACAUGUCGGCCAACCGGCAUAAAUAAAAUUCAUAUAAAUACCUGCUGGCCACCGGAAAACUGCCUGAUGAACUUUGAUUAACUGAGAAAGAUGCAAGCUUGCGGUAAAGGGACACUUGGGAGGAAAUUACAUUUUCACCAGCGGAGCAUAACAAGCAUAACCGAAUCAGCCACAAAACAACACCACGUCAGACUCCUCCAACUCAACCAAAAACUUGCAGCUCUGACGCGCUCAGCUCGCUACGAUGACGCCCUCCAUCUGUUCGACAAAAUUCUUAAAUCAUAUCAACAUCUUAAACCCGACCACUACACCCUCUCCACGGUCAUCACUGCCUGCGCAAAUGCCCGGAAUGUUUCUUUUGGCAACCAGCUUCAUGCUUAUGCCACACGGACUGGCCUCAUCGUGGCAUCUCAUCAUGUUGCAAACACGCUCCUUUCGCUCUAUGCAAAAGCACGUGAUUUAGUUUCGGUGAAGCAGGUUUUCAGUGACAUCCAUGACCCUGAUUUUUAUUCCUGGACGACGCUGUUGUCUGCUUGUGUGAAGCAUGGGGAUGUGGGUUUUGCUUGCGAGUUGUUCGAUAAAAUUCCGAAGAGGGAUGUGGCAAUCUGGAAUGCGAUGAUUACUGGAUGUAUGGAAAACGGCCACGAGGACAUUGGAGUUGGCUUAUUUAGAGAGAUGCAUCGUUUGGGUGUUAUACAUGACAAUUAUAGUUAUGCUAGUGUUUUGAGCGAGUGCUUCGUGGACUUAAUCGAUUUUGGGAGGCAAGUGCAUUCGUUGGUGAUCAAAACUGGGUCCUUCGUUAGACCGUCUGUGGUCAAUGCUUUGCUCACCAUGUAUUUUAACUGUCAUAAUGUUGUUGAUGCAUAUACGGCAUUUGACGAAGCGGUAAAUUAUGUGUAUGAUCAGAUCACCUAUAAUGUGAUGAUUGAUGGUUUGGUGAGUUUGGGAAGAGCUGAAGAGGCGUUUGAAUUAUUCAUAGAAAUGCUAGAAACUUAUAUGAAGCCUACGGAUCUGACUUUUGUGAGUCUCAUGAGCUCUUGCUUGGAUGCAAGCGUUGGGUAUCAAGUUCAUGCCCUGUCUGUUAAGAUGGGCUUUGAAGCUUAUACUUCUGUUGGCAAUGCAAUGAUCACCAUGUAUUCAAAUUUUGCGGAUUUGCGUGCUGCUUACACGGUGUUUGGGAGUUUGGAAGCAAAAGAUCUUGUCUCAUGGAAUACUAUGAUAUCAAGCUAUGCUCAAAUGAAUUUAGGUAGAUCAGCAAUCUUGGCCUAUGCAGAAAUGCAGAGGAUAGGCAUUGAACCAGACGAGUUCACUUUUGGAAGUUUGCUGACAAGUUCAGAGUUUGUAGUGGUUGUGGAGAUGAUUCAAAGUCUUGCAAUAAAAAAUGGGCUUAUCUCAAAAAUUUAUGUUUCUAAUGCAUUGGUUUCGGCAUAUUCCCAGCAGGGGUUGAUGAAUGAGGCAUACCAAAUAUUUCACGUGUCUCCGAAGAAUUUGAUCUCUUGGAACACUGUUAUUUCUGGAUUAUUGUUAAAUGGGCUGCCAACGAAAGGCUUUGAGCAAUUUUCCAACCUGCUAAACUCGGGACUCAGGCCAAAUGCAUAUACUUUCAGUAUUGUACUAAGCAUUUGUGCGUCGAUUUCAGCCUUACAACAAGGAAAACAGAUUCAUAAUUACAUUUUAAGGAAGGGGUUUUCCUCUAUUGCAUCAUUAGGUAAUGCUCUUAUGACUAUGUAUGCUAAAUGUGGGGCUUUAGAUUGGUCUUCGCGGAUAUUCAAUUUGAUGAAUGAAAGAGAUGUAAUCUCUUGGAAUGGUCAGAUAUCUGCUUAUGCACAGCAUGGGCAAGGAAGGGAAGCUGUGGAUUGCUUUGAGGCAAUGCAAGCAUUCGGGGUCAAACCUGAUCAAACUACCUUCACUACUCUUCUUUCUGCUUGCAGUCACACAGGAUUAGUUGAUGAUGGCAUUCAAAUUUUCAAUUCCAUGGUUAAUAGCUUCGAAAUUGUGCCUGGUGACGAUCAUUAUUCUUGUGUUGUUGAUCUUUUGAGUCGUGCUGGGCAUUUUGAUGAGGUGGAAAGAAUAAUAAACGAUACACAUUUUCAAGUUCAUUCCAAAGUUUGGUGGACAUUGUUUAGUGCUUGUGCAGCUCAUGGCAAUUCAAGGUUAGGUAGACUGGCUGCCCAGAAUCUGUUAGAAUCUGAGAACGAUGAGUCUUCAGUUUAUGUGGUUUUGUCAAAUAUUUAUGCAGCUGCUGGUGAAUGGGAAGAAGCAGCUAAUAUAAGAGAAUUGAUGCAGAACAAUGGGGUGAUGAAGCAACCUGGCUCCAGUUGGGUCAGUUUAUAAAACCAUGUUGUAGUUUAUUUGUGACACUAGAUGGCUAUGGAAGUGAAAGAUGCAUUCUCUACAGAAAUAGAGGGCUUGCAAAAAUGGGACAUCUAACGAGUGGUGCUUCUUCAUCGGUAGCUUCUAGCAAGCUGGCUCUGGUAAAUGGAUAUUAAAGCCAUGAGGAGGUAGUCAUCAUGAUGAUAGACUAAUUGCAGCCCCUCACUGCAAACGAAGGGGGUAGAAAGCCGGAUAUUGAACUAUUUGUUGCCAUACUCGAGAGCAUUCUUUUGUUGACAGCGUGAAAUGGACCCUUUGCUUUGCUCUGCUGUGUCAUCUAUUACCACUAAUGGACGCAAAGCCACUUCCGACGGCGUCCAAUAUACAUAAAUGAGUGGUGAAAAAGCAAUGUCAUUUUGCUAUGGGAAGUCUCUGAUUAACGAAAGAAAUCCAGUUUUCUACAUUGCAGAUUUGCAGCUGUUAAGUUUUAAGCUAUAAUUAGUUGUUUACAAGCGUCUAAUGAUAAGGCAAUGGCAGUUCUCCAAUUACUUGGUAAGCUUGUUAAGCCAAACUUCAUUAUCGUUUUAUCAUAUAUUUGAUUUGAUGUGCAGGGCUUUGCCUUAGACCACACGAGAUUGUACGCAAAGCAAAAUUUGGCAUAAUGACAUUUGCAAAAUCAAUCUCUCUCUACUUUUGUCUUUGAAAAGGAGUUCUGGUGCGAUGACGGUGAUGGAGAGGCUGAGGUGCACACGUGGCGGGACAUUCAUAACCGAUUAACUGUUUUAAAAAAAAAAAAA